AUGGCGCCCAUACCCAAGACCAUGUCCGGCAUCCUCAUCGAGGAGACGGGCGGCGUGGAAGUGCUCAAGUGGAAGACGGACCUGUCCGUGCCGGAGCUUGGCGAGGGCGAGAUCCUCGUCCGCAACGAGUUUGUCGGCGUGAACUUCAUCGACACCUACUUCCGCACCGGCCUUUACAAAUCCCCCCUCCCCCUGGUCACCGGCAAAGAAGCCGCGGGCACCAUCAUCGCCGUGCACCCCUCCGUCCACACCACCGACCCCACUCUCCAAGAAGGCGUGCGCGUCGCGUACGUGGCCGAUCACGCCUACGCCGAGGUCACCGCGAUCAGCGCCGACCGCGCGGCGGCGAUCCCCGCGGGGCUGGACACACAAACGGCAGCCGCCAGCUUGCUGCAGGGGCUCACGGCGCUGACGUUCGUGCGGGAGGCGGCGGGGCUCGCGCAGCCGCACGCGACGGGCCACCGCCAGCUCGGGGUCAGCGAGGGGCCCUGGGCCCUGGUGCAUGCCGCGGCGGGCGGGACGGGGUCCAUGCUGGUGCAGAUGCUGGCGGCGCACGGGGCACGCGUGAUUGGCACGGCGGGCGGGGAGGUCAAGUGUGGGCUGGCCAAGGGGAAUGGGGCGCAGUGGGUGGUGGAUUCGACGAGCGAGGAUGUGGUGGCGAGGGUGAAGGAGAUUACGGGCGGGAAGGGGGUGGAUGUGAUUUUUGAUGGGGUGGGCAAGGCGACGUUUGAGGCGGAUUUGGAGAUGAUUGCGCGCAGGGGGACGCUGGCGGUGUUUGGGAACGCGUCUGGUCCGGUGCCGCCUGUCGAUGUUCUGAAACUGGGCGCCAAGAACAUCAAGCUCAUGCGACCGGUGUUGUUUGCGUACAUUGUGACCAAGGAGGAGAGGGCUGCCUACACUAAGGAGCUGUUCGAGUUGCUUUUGGCUGGCAAGGUGAAGGUCAAGAUUCACGAGGUGUACCCACUUCAGGAGGUUGGUCGGGCACACUCCGACUUGGAGGGCAGGAAGACCGCAGGCAAGCUGCUGCUCAAAGUUUAA